AUGGACAAACUCGAGAGCCUGCAGGCCGAAGUGGAGUCAGAUCCGAGUGAGGCGAAUUUCGAGGCCUUGUUGACAACGUACCCGUUGUUAUUUGGGUACUGGAUCAAGUACCUUGAGAAAUUUCCGGGCGAGAUCCUGUGGAAACGUGCUUUAGAUCAGUGUCCGAGUAUAGAGCUGUGGACAGCGUUUUUGGACCGUGAGAUGGCCAGUUUAGAGGACUGUAAGCUUGCGGCAGACUCUGUCGGACUGUUUUUCCAGUCUCACCCCAUCUGGGACCGCUACCUUGCCAAACUGCAAGGUGUCGAGCGGGCAAAAGUUUUAAGUUAUUUGAUCACUCUGCCGCUGUACGAGUACUCCAAGUACUCGCAGCUAGCCAUCGAGUCACAAAAUGAGUAUCCUGGGGAGUUUGGUGAUAUAGCCGAAAUACUGAAGCAAACCUCGCAGCUGGUAAACGACAAGUGGGCGUUUGAGUCGCAACUAUCCCGACACUACUUUCACGUUAUUGAUCUCGAGGAAUCAGAAAAAAAAGUUUGGGACGAGUAUCUCGACUACCAAGAAAGCCUGGGCAACCACGCACAGACGGCUGCUCUCUACGAGCGCUGCUUGGUACCUUGUGCUUUGUACAAAGGGUUCUGGAUGCGGUACAUUCGCUGGCUGAGUGCCGCCAUGCCAGACAAGGUAGACAGCGCGUUCGAGCGCGGCCAACUUUACCUGGACCCCACAGAGCUCGAACAAUGGGCCAUUGAACGUGCCCGGUAUCGCCAAGGUCUGGGUUUCCCCGGAGCUCAAGAGAUCCUCGCCCCGUUCACUAGUCGGACGGUUCAGGAAGUGCAGCGUCAAUUGGCGGAUCAAGCAGCAGGUUCUGUGUCGACGGUCAAGCGACAAAGUUUGCAGUCUCUUCGCGACAACGGUGAUCUCGUGGCAUUUUUCAAUGCAGACAUUGCCCAAAACGGCUGUGCCGAAGCUAGAGCACUUGUGAAGGCUGAGCCUUUGGUAUAA